UCUCUCAAACAUUUUGCCAGCCCUUGCCAUUCAGCAGCUGAGAAUGUCUUGUUCUCACUGCUGCGUUUCAUCCGUCCGGUCCCUUACCUCGCGUGUAGUCGCUGGCUCCUUGUGGAUCUAGACGGAAAGUGGAAUCUUUUCCUGAUUCAAUCUACACCCGGUGCUCCUGUCACUGGUGGCGAUGGAGCGUUCUUCCAGAUGCGCUUCGCGCUCGCGUUGUCGAAUAUUAUCCUUCGUGCUAGCAGCUUGUAUCGGAUUCGCUGCUAUCGCGGCUGUCAUUGCCGGGAAACACGAGCAUCGCCAUUACAAGCAACACGAGAAUCACCAGCAGCAUCGUCACCACCACCGCGAGCGUCAUCACGAUCAUCACGAUCACCACGAUCACGAGCAUGAGGGAGGCGGGUGGAGGCCCGGGAGGUACAACACGAGGGCCGGCCCCGUGGAGGGGAAGCUCAACGUGCACCUCGUCGCGCAUUCCCAUGAUGACGUGGGAUGGCUCAAGACCGUCGAUCAGUAUUACGUCGGGUCGAAUAACUCGAUUCAGGUUGCUGCAGUACAGUACAUCCUCGAUACAGUGGUGGAACAGCUGUCACUGGACCCCAACAGGAAGUUCAUUCAGGUGGAGCAGGGGUUCUUCCAGCGCUGGUGGCGCCGCCAGCCCAAGGACGUGCGACGUGUUGUCAGGCGAUUGGUCAAGAACGGUCAACUGGAGUUCACCAACGGCGGGUGGUGCAUGCACGACGAGGCGGCGACGCACUACGCGGACAUGGUCCACCAAAUGUCGCUGGGGCUGCGCCUCAUCCGCCGCCAGUUCGGCCAGGUGCCGCGCAUCGCCUGGCAGAUCGACCCCUUCGGCCACUCGGCUGUUCAGGGCUACCUGAUUUCAGCUCUCGGCGGCUUUCACGCGAUGUUCUUCGCCCGAGCAGACGACCAGGGCAGUGGGGAGUGGCACUGCGACUUGCCCUCCAAUAUUCUUCUCCUUCCCCUCCUGUUAGAGAUAGGCUGCAAUUCGGGCGGCUUUGAUGCGGUAUUCUUCGCCCGUGCGGACUAUGAAGACAGCGAAGCGCGCUACCGCGAGCGCACGGCGGAGUUCGUGUGGCGGGGGUCAGAGACUCUGAAGCAGCAAGCAGAGGUGUUUGGCGGGCGGCUGUACGUGCACUACCUGCCGCCCGACUCGUUCCGCUACGACACCAACAACUGGGACCCGCCCGUGCAGGACGACCCCGAGCUGUACGACUACAAUGUGCAGGAGCGGGUGGAUAAGUUCGUGGAAACUGCCCUCAAACAGGCGGAGAGUUACCGCACGAACCACAUCAUGUGGACGAUGGGCGACGACUUCGCGUACAGCAACGCCAUAACGUGGUUCCGCAACAUGGACAAGCUCAUCCACUACGUCAACCGCGACGGCCGCGUCAACGCCUUGUACUCCACGCCCUCCAUCUAUGUGGACGCCAAGCACCACGCCAACGAGAGCUGGCCCCUCAAGACUGGAGACUUCUUCCCCUAUGCAGACUGCCCGCACUGCUACUGGACCGGCUACUUCUCCAGCCGGCCCGCCUUCAAGCGCUAUGUGCGCACCUGCAGCGCACUCCUGCUCGCUGCCCAGCAAGUGGAGGCCCUGGUGGGGCGAAGCAGGCUGGGGAGAGGAGGGGAGGGGGCGGCUGUAGCAGGGGAGGGGCGCGAGUCGGGAGCAGAGGAGCUGGAGGAGGCUAUGGCAGUGGCGCAGCACCAUGAUUCCGUCAGCGGCACAGCGAAGCAGCACGUGAAUGAUGACUACACGCUGAGGCUGUACCGGGGGGCAGUGAAGGCCUCCUCUCUACUCACAGAGGCCAUUCGCUGCAUGAUUUACCGCCAAUCAGAGGCUGACACGUGGCAGUCCCAGUCUCCCCUGCGGCAGAUGCCAAGCUCCCAGCCGCUAUCCUCCCCCUCCCCCGCCACCACCUCACCUCUCAUGCGAGCUCUUGGGAAACGGGGUGCAGCAGCAGCAGCAGGAGCAGCAGGAGCGGCAGGAGCGGUAGGGGGGGGUCAAGCUGCCAGGAGCAGCCGCAGUCUGAAGCUGAGCUUUGAGAUGUGCCCGCUGUCAAACAUUUCGUUCUGCCCGCCCUCCCAAACGGAUCUCCAAGACGGGAAAGUUCUGGUGGUGGCAGUGUACAAUCCUCUGGCGUGGGCUCGCAAGGAGAUUGUCCGAUUCCCUGUGUCAACUGCUGACGUGGAAGUCAUGAAUGCCAGCGGGGCAAUCAUCCCCUCGCAAGUCCUUCCAGACACGCUCCUCCUCCCCACCACCCGCUCCUUCCUCAUCCAAGCCUACGACGGACCUGACGCCGAACCUGAUGCUGCAGCUGGUGCCGAGCCUGGUGGUGCAGGCUCGGAGGCGCUGUCACUGGUGUUCUGGGCGGAUGCGCCUCCCCUGGGUGUUGCCUCGUUCUUCGUGUUGUAUAAAUACCCCGAGGGCAGGACAGAGGAGAGAGUAAAGGAGGGGGCGGAGCAGGAGGGUGGCGUGGACAGGAGAGUGCUGGGUGAUGAGCCUGAGGCGGUUGGUCAAGACAAUGGGAUGCAUGGAGGGGAGGAGGAGGAGGAUGAGAUAGUGAUAGGAGGGUGGGCGGAGGUGGAGGGACGCGAGGGCAGCAGCAGUGGCAGCAGCGCUCUGACGCUCUCUUUCUCCAGGGCGCAGGGCGGAAGGAUGACUCGCGCAGUGCUGCUGAAGAGAGAGCAGGGACAGGGAGAGGCGGAGGGAGGAAUGGGUGCGAGAGGAGAGGUUCCAUCAGCAAAAGCAGCAGCAGCAGCAGCAGCAGCAGCAGCAGCGGAUGUGAGCAUAGAGUGGGCGUGGUACAAUGCGAGUGACGGCAAGGCGAGCAGGGAGGCAUCCGGAGCCUACAUCUUCCGCCCCACCUCCCCUGAUCCCGUGCCCAUCAACCCCCCCAACUCCACUGCGUCAUCCCUGCAAGUGGUGCGAGGCCCUCUCGUGGAUGAGGUGCACCGACAGGUGGCGCCCUGGAUUAAGGAGAUCGUGCGGGUGUACAAGGGCACCAACUAUGCUGAGAUGGAGUAUGCGGUUGGUCCCGUGCCUGUAGAUGAUGGAUUCGGCAAGGAGGUAGUGGUGCGCCUCUCCUCUAGCCUCGCCAGCAAUGCCACUUUCUUCACCGAUUCCAACGGCCGGGACUUCAUCCAGAGGACCCGCAACUUCCGGGCGGACUGGAACCUCACAGUCACCGAGCCCACUGCUGGCAACUACUACCCGGUGAACUCGGGCAUCUAUCUGCACGACAAGGCGACUGACCUCUCAGUGCUGGUGGACCGGGCAACAGGCGCGUCGAGCCUCAAUGACGGGCAACUGGAGCUGAUGCUGCACCGCCGCCUGCUGCACGACGACCACCGCGGCGUUGCCGAGGCGCUCAAUGAGCGUGUGUGCGUGGGGCGCCGGGGCGAGCAGCAGCCGCAGUGCAUGGGGCUUGUUGUGGCGGGGACGCUGCGGUUUGGGCUGCACCCACACACUCGCAGCGAUGGGGGUGUGGGAUCAGGAGAGGUGGAGGAAGCAAGGGGGGAGGAGGUAGUUGAGGCAGCAGCGGAGUGGCGGCGGGGGAAUAUUCAGCGAAUAUUCUCGCCGCUUCAAGUGGCGUUCGCUGUUGAGAAUGAGGAAGCUUUGGCAGCUGAGGGGGGCCGGUACACGUGGCACAUCCCUGGCACCCAAGACAGCAAGCCAGUGGGGUCAACGGAGUCAAUGGAGUCGAGAGAGACAAGGGAAUCAAGGGAGUCUGUGCUGUCCAUGCAGCUUUCGGGGAAGGGGGGACGCGUGAUGAAGGAGGAGAGUAGCAGCGAGGAGGAGAGGAGAGAGGAGGAGAUGGAGGACGAGGAAGGGGGGGGUGCUGAAGAAGACAAGGAAGAGACGGAGCAGGAGGAGCAGCAGGAGGAGGAGGAGGCCGAGGAAGCCGAGGGGGGUCGGGAGGGUGGGGUGGCGGAUUCUUUUGAGGAGAGGACGAGCAAGCGCCCUGCAUACGAGCUUCCUAGGAGUGUGGCCAUCAUCACACUCCAGGAGCUGCAUGAGUAUAAGGUGCUGCUGCGCCUCGCACAUCUCUAUGAGGCUGAGGAAGACCCUCUUCUCUCACAGCCUGCUCUCGUGAAUCUUGACAGGCUCUUUGCGCACCAAGAGAUUGAGAAGGUGACUGAGCUGAGCCUGAUGGCAAAUCAGAAGCUCUUGAAAAUGCGGCCACCAAUGAAAUGGAGGACUGAGCAGUUGGCUUCAAAGAGUGAGGUGCAUGAAGAUGUGAACGCGGCUAACAAGGAGGUCAGAAGAAUGCAGGCACUAAACUCGACGGAGGGCCCUUUCAUCGUGGAACUUGGACCAAUGGAGAUUCGCACAUUUGCCAUUCAGUUUGACGAUUAGGAGUGCAGGCUGAGUAUGCUGUUUCUCCUUGAUGCAUUUGCCGUGAACUUCCAUUUUGUUAUUCACAAGCAUUUGCAUUUGGCCGCCCCGCAACUUCACCUUCCCAACUCCUUAGUACUAGAGUCCGUAAGAAAAACACCUUGUAAGGUGUCAUAACGUCGUGUACGUCGUGUUUUCAACCCA